AUGUUCGCACGAAAGGUGUUCUGUGUCACCGGUGCCGCAUCGGGCAUAGGUCGAUCAACGGCAGUCAUACUAGCGCAAAGAGGUGCCGCUGCUCUUGCGGUCAGCGACGUGAAUGCAGCGGGCCUAGAUGAGACCGUGAGAGAGUCUUCCAAAGUCGACGUCCGCCACGACCAUGAGGUGAAGUCCUGGAUCCAAGAGUCUUUCACCAAGUUCGGGAGACUCGAUGGGGCCGCCAACGUCGCUGGAGUCGCUGGUGGGACUGGAUCUACAAUCAUCGAGACAAUCGCUCAAGAAGACUGGGACAAGACCAUAGGCGUCAAUCUCAACGGAGUCCUUGACUGUAUGCGAGCUCAACUGCCACUAUUAUCAAAGCCAGGCGGAGCAAUCGUCAACGUUUCGAGCACGUCCGGUCGAAAGGGUCUACCGCAUAGCGCUGCGUACGCGACCAGCAAGUUUGGCGUCAUUGGGUUGACCGAAUCAGCUGCUGGGGAGUACGCUAAGGAUGGCAUCCGGAUUAACACGAUACUACCGACCUUGCUUCGCCGCAUGGGUCAACCCGACGAGAUAGCAAAGGUCAUCUGCUUUCUCUUGAGUGAAGAUGCCUCAUACGUGACAGGAGCACACUGGAAUGUCGAUGGGGGCUAUCUGGCUUGCUAG